CAAUACGUGUGUGUCACUUUUAAACUCUACAUCAAGGAGAAGAGAUGUUCUUAAAAAUAUUUAUAGUUGGAUUAUACGUUGCGGCUGUAUUUGGCAACAAUGAGUUUGACAAGAUUGUGGACGAUUUUUGGGAAUGGCGGAUGAAGAACAAUCCCGAAUUCGCGUCAAAUGUUGGAGACCAGAGAUAUACAGAUAGACUGGAGGACUACAGUCUAGAGGCAAUGGAAAGCAGAAAGACUGAUAUGGAUAGUUUCUUGAAACGGCUUAGUAAUGUUAACAGAAACAGUCUGCCGUCUGGAGAGCACGUGACCUUCGCAGUCCUGAAUGAUACAAUACAAGCAUGGGUAGAUGGAUACAAAUGGCGAUUUUAUGGACCGAUGAACCCCGUUAGUUUCCUGGAAGGAAUACAAACGAACUACGGUUCCCGAGCAGGCCAGGUCAAGUUUUUACGAGAAGACGACUUCAAAAUGUUUGCUAAAAGAAUUCUUAAUUAUGGUGUACAGAUAGAUCAGGUUAUUGUCAGGAUGAGGAAAGCGAUUGAAAUGGGAACUACCAACCAUCGAGCUUCCGUCGAAAGGGUUCCAGCAAAAUUAGAAGAGAUAUAUACAAUGUUCAUAAACAACAGGACGGCCUUUCCUAUGUAUAUACCAUUUCAAGAGAAGUUAGACGAUCUUGUCUCCAAUACAACAGCGAAAAUGGAAAUUCGGAAUGUUGCUGUUGCCAAUAUAAAAACGCUCCUUGAUAAAAUAAAGAAUCUUGCAGAGUUUCUAAAGAAUACGUACAUACCAAACACACGAACUACUUUUGGAGUCGGGGGAUUACCAAAAGGAGCCGAAUACUACCAGGCGUGCUUAAAAUGGCAACUGUCUGUAGAUAUGACUGCGGAUGAAAUACACAAAAUAGGAAUUAGGGAGGUUAACAGAGUUUAUGAUGAAAUCCAGAAGAUUGUGAGAAGGGCAAAUUUCAAUGGAACUGUCAGGGAAUAUAAUGACUAUCUAAGAAAAAAUGACAGCCUGUUUAUAACUGAUGGGGAUGUUGCCAUUCAGAAGUUCAAAGACCUCCAUAAUGAAAGGAUUGCACCAAAGUUACACGAAAUAUUAGAGAACAUCCCAGACUUUCCACUGAAAAUUGAAAAAAUGACGUACGAUGGUCCAAGUGGCAUAUAUAAGAACGCCGCUCCUGACGGAUCAAGGCCCGGCGUUUUCUAUGCAAAUGUCAAUUCAAAAGUGCCCAUGUUCGACAUGCCUGCAUUACUCCUUCACGAGACAGACCCAGGACACCAUCUACAAGAUUCUUACGCCCAAACAUCCAAGAAUAUACCAAUGUUCAGGAAAGUGACAGAUUUCUCCAAGUACUUUGCCGUGCCACUCCAUUUUCCAUUCUACACCGGAUACUCCGAGGGAUGGGGACUUUAUUCAGAAGAAUUAGGUGAAGAACUGCAUACUUAUAAAAAUGAUCUGGAACAGUUUGGAAGAUACGGCUUGGAGAUAUUUCGUGCUGCUCGGCUUGUUGUUGAUACAGGUAUUCAUGCUAAAAAUUGGUCACGUGAUCGAGCUAUUGAAUACAUGGCAAACUAUACCGCAUACACUCAGGAAUUUAUUGCACGGGAAAUAGAUCGUUAUUCCACGUGGCCGGGACAAGCGACAACUUAUAUGAUUGGAAAACUGAAGAUCAUGGCACUAAAGAAAAAGGCGAAGGACAGUCUAUGUAACUUUGAAAAAGACAAGCUGAUAAAACCUUUCCAUAGCAUUGUCAUAGGCAGUGGAGCCAUGCCGUUAAAUGUUUUGGAGCAUGAAGUUGAUGAAUGGAUCAGGGUGGAGUCCGUGAAGAACGUGCGAAAGGGCACUUGCGGGGUGACGGACGGCGUUGAACAAUUCCAUAAUAUUCAGUCUUUCACCAUCUUUGUUUGCAUUACUAUAACUCUAUUGUACACGUCUAAUGUUUGAAUCAUGUAUAUCAUAAUAUCGUAGAGAUAGUACCUAAAAUCUUCAUUACUUUUCUUUUAAACUUACUGGACAAUACUACCAAUAUCAUAUAUUAUCAUCUUAUUAUUUUGUACGCACACAAUUUUAAAAUGACUCUCGUAAUCUUCUGUUUAUUAGUUUCUUAAAAAUCGACAAGAAUAGUUUCAUGUAAAUUUCAGUCAUUUUGAACUACGAUGUUACUUUGAUUCCUUCUAUUGCCGGUUUCCCAUACAACUUUCAGAAUAUUUCAGUUGAAAUAAAAAUUGUUAUUAAUUUUUCUGAAGUUUCAUGGACCUCAAUAAAGCGUCACCCCUAAUCAUUCAGUAUUUUAAAUGCACUGACCUCCAGAUCGUACAACAAAACUUUAUGUUUAGAUAACAUUACAGAUUGCUAUACGUCAUAUAACUGCUAUACUUGAAACUUAGUUACUAACAGAUUAUAAGUUACACAAUUAUUAAAUUGUUUAGAACAAACGGGAGAACCCAUAAGAGAAAUAAAUGUUAUAUUAGAAAGAAAACUUACAUAGAUUUGCACUGAAAAGAAUAUCUGUUAAGGACAUUUCUGGGAGUUGUUACUUACACAGUUGCCGAUCGGUUAAAAAAAAUUCUGGUUCUCAUUUGAGGUUAUAGAUCUAUAUGAGGUUGAAUAGAUGCGGGCGGUAUCGGACAAUUCGAGUUAGUUGAGUGAAAAUGUUUCAGCAGGUAAAAACUUUAAAAAAAUCCGGUUUAUAUGUAAUGGAAUUGGAGAAUAUGAAAAACAAAGAUGUCUGUUUACAAGUAAGAUGACGGAAAAGUAUUGAAAAUGCAGGAUAUGGUUGUUA